AUGUCAGUCGGAGGCCCUUGUCUAUGGGUUCCUUCUCUAUCCUCGCCGAUCACCUCAAACCAUCUAUCUGCGGUCACAUCGCAUCUUCCUACGGCUUCUCGGGACAGUGACAACCCGGGAAGCAAGACGUUCUCUCCGCGGUAUCCUCAGUCCAGGAAGGAAGAGACUAGGAUUCCUACCGCCGAGAUGCAGCCCGCUGGUUCAGGCUUUAGGGCUGAGAAUGCCUUGAGCGUGGCCGACAUUACGAUUCCCCGUGAGGCAGAGAUUCCUUCACAGUACCAGAGAUUCAAAGAGGGACGAGUGAAACUAGAAAUGCCCCGUGUCAACGAGCAGCGCUUGGCGAUUCCUCAGCAGCUGGCAGGUACCAGUGGUUUGGACGGGACGAUGGACGGGCUGGAAGACUUGAAAGAAGAGGAAGAAGAUGAAGAUGAUAAUGAAUCUACCAUCAGCCCUUCUGAUGAACGGGGCGGCGAUGGAGUACACAAACCCUCAGCUUUGGAUAAAAAGAAGAUGAAGCGGUUCCGCUUAACCCAUAACCAGACUCGUUUCCUGAUGAGCGAGUUUACUCGGCAAGCGCAUCCAGACGCUGCUCAUCGAGACCGUCUGUCGCGAGAGAUUCCCGGCUUGACGCCGCGUCAGGUCCAAGUCUGGUUUCAAAACAGACGAGCGAAACUGAAGCGCCUUACUACCAAUGAUCGCGAAAGAAUGCUCAAAUCUCGAGCUCUACCUGACGACUUCGACACCACAAAAGUCCUUCGCACGCCUUUCGAGGGUAAUUCAGCUGGCGGCACGCCAGUUGCGUCCCCACAGACAUACGGUGUACCGAACCCAGACUUUGGUGGUUUGCGGACAUUGCGCACCGACUGUGUACCACGGCCGAAUGAAGACGAAUACCUUAUUUCACCACUCAGCUCUGCCUCGACGGCAGGCACAUACAUGUCUUCUCGAACGGACCUGUCGCAGUCCAGCAUGAUUUUCAGCCGACCAUCUGCGUCAGCGUCCAUGUCUGAAUUGCAUCGGACGAUCCGUACCGACUACCCAGCCGCGAGGUCCAGCAGUCUAUCAGACGCCGCCGCUCAUCCCUCGCCUUUUCAUUCCAGUUAUCAACUACACAACCGCUUCUCUGCUGCAGGAGCUCAAGCUCCCGGCCACCCAGCCAUACCCUAUGCCCGACGGCCGAUGGACUACGGCAUGCCGAGACACCCAGGGGGCAUGCCCUCAGCAUACGAUCAGCCCUCAUUUGAAGGUUCGGUAUCACCAACAGACUCGCAGGGUGCACAAGCGCCAUACGACAUGAACAAUCUCGGUUCGCAGCCUCAAGGCUACCAGGCACACCUGGGCAUGAACCCGCAAGUAGCGCCGACAGCAAGACAGCUGUCCACAUUUCCCGUCUCUGCGGCCCCCGACUAUGGGCAUUUCUCCUAUGAUCCCUCCUCUUCCUCGUCCGCCGCGGGCCCGAUGGCCGGCAUUUCUUACACUCAAAGCAACACCUCGAGCCUGAGUCUGCCCGGGUCAUUCGCCUCAUCCGAAUCCGUCCCUGCCACACACGAUCAGUUGCAAACCAUUGAUUCCUUGAGAAGCAAGUUUACCAACCCGUCGUCCUUCAACUACACCAACUAUCUCCAGCAAUGA